AUAAGGAGACUGCAUGUCAGCUGUGGCAGCAAGACUUGUAGAUAAGCUUGACAGUAAUGAAGCUGCACAAGCGUUUAUCAGUUUCUGCUUAUGGUCAUACUCACUGUGCAUGGAGCCGACCCACCUCGUCGCAUGACGCUUCAUGAUCUCAUUGAGUUCCUGAACACUACCGAAAGGAUCUGGUUAUAUCAGCGAAGCUAUUCGCAAGAUGACGUUAUGUGCAUUAAUUAUGAAACUAUAUCUGUAACUCAAAAUAGUUACCUGUACGACUUAAGAUACGUGAUGGCCAAAACUGUGAAACAGCGCUUUGGUGUUGGAAUACUUGGACAGACCAAAGAACUUGUGCCUUACAUGAAUAUUACGCAGGUGACAGGGUCACCACAAUACCGGAAAGUUCUGUUCUACCGAAACUUCAUGCAUCACUGUGCUGUUUUUGUAUUCCCAUAUUCAGGCAAGCUUGAGUUUGCGCCUGCUCGCAAUACUUAA